AGAUCCGGAAUUCCAACCGGCGGCGCCUACUAGGAUUAUCGGUUACACGCUAUCCAAAGUCAAACAUUAAUCAAUCUUGUUGGCUUGUUCCACCGUUCGUUCUGUUGACACAACGCUGACAUAUAGGACCCUACGACAGGCGCCGCACCAGAAGAGUCACUUACCGUGAUUACUUGGGAGGGCGACGGAGUGUGAUCCAGUUGUGUUCUUUUCUUGUGAUUAUUUUAUCUUUACGUGAAUUCGAGAGGACGGGGAAUCCAUCUCCUUCCUCUAGAAUUACUGGAGUGAUUUAUCAAAUCCAACACGAGGAAGUGUGAGAAUGUAUGCAGAUAACGGGUGUCCGGAAAAUGGAUUCCCUGUCCGAUACGCACGGCUUGACAAUUACAUUAUCAACCCAUCAUCGUCGCCACGCACUACGGCCAGCGGUUACCGUCAGCAGUGAAGAAAAAUUAGCUUUGUCGGAUUUUCUGUGGGAAGCGGUUUUUGAGUGGUGAUCCGUUUUUCUGUUCUAAGUGUGUGUUGUUAUCUACACGUGUUGUCGCAACCGUAUUUGAAAUUGAAAUAUCAAAUGUUCGUUGGGGUAAUUGAAGCAAAAAGAGGAUACACAUUUGAAAUGCCUACCAUUCUGUGGAUUAUCGUGACGACGUUGCUGGCUGGGAGCUAUUGUGAUUCCCAGCAUCAGCAGGAGCCGUUCAGUCCCCUUCCGGAGCCCGUGUGCGGUCAGGUUGCGCUGAUGAUGGAUAAUUGCUUCCACAAUAUCACCCCGCCGGUGUCGGUCGAUGAGCUGUACUCGGUGAAAAUUCCCGAAUCGGAGGAUGAAAUUAUCAAACGCUGUCACGUCUUCAACCGGGGUAUGGCGUGCGUUCAGCGCUAUCUCAACGCGUGCAUCGAGGCCAAGAAUCGGCAAAUCAUCGAGAACGAGGUGUUUGGGGCGAAGAAGAUGUACGAACAUCUCUGCCGGGACAUUCCCUUCCAGAAAGAAUUCUUGAAGCACAAAAAUUGCUUCCACCACGUUCACAACGAUUGGGACACGUGCUCCCACAAGUUCGUCAAUAUUAUGAAGGACGAGAUGACCAAAACAACGCAGCAGUCACUGAAUGUGCAGUACAUGCACUUUUGCUGUGCCCGCUUCGGUUACGAAAACUGUGUCUUCACCAGUGCCAAGUACAAGUGCAAACCCGAGUCGGCCGUGUUCCUGCGGAAGAUUGCCAAGGUGCUGUCCAUGGAUCGGCACUUUCUCAACUGUGAUAGAAUCGAGAACGAGAUUUGCUCGGGCUCCGCCACCCUCCACCGCCACCGGUGGUGGCUAGCGACGACGACGACGACGGCGGUGGCACUUGCUGCUACGAUGGUGCUGAAGACAACCGGCUUUGGGAGGUUUGUCUGUCGAUAAAAAAAUAGCACUUGCAUGGGGCUUUGCAAGCCUGGGUCUGGGAUCGAAGCGAAGCUUAGAUUUUAUUGUGCGAAAGAUAUUAAUGGGUACCUAGUUGAGUUUUUCGACCGACGAGGACGAUGACCAAGACGAUCCACAGUGUGGUAUUUUGCUUAUUCUAGCUGGCCAAAAAUAUUAAACCAUCACUUGUAUAACUUACGAAAAGCACUUUUUUGUUAUAGAAUUAUUAUGAUUUUAGGCCAAACAGGGGUGGGUCAGGUUUUGAGGGUGUUGCUUCUUUUUGGAGAAGUGUUUAUUUUUCAGUGCCGAAAAGUAGUACUUUUUGGUGUUGUGGUUAUAGUUAGGUAAAGAGGGACAUAAUGUCAUUCCAGCGCAUGACGAAAAACAAGUUGCAAAAAGCAUUUUUUAGCACUGGAAAAGUGUCACUUUUCGACACUGUUUUGAAUAACACAAUGACCUACUUUUCAGGUUAUUUUGAAAAAUCGACUUUUGGCCAGUUAGAUCAAAGAAAUACCCUUCCGUGCGACCGGGACCGUGAUGACGUUCAAUGUUUAUAAUAGUUCGGGCGGAAGAUCUGAAUUAUGGGAAAGACAGCUGAUGUGAGCAAAAAGUGUACAUUUCGAAUGUGCUAUAUAUUUUGAUAUUCGUGAGUACAUAUGAAAGUUAAUGUGUUUUAAGGAGCAGAUAUUUAGAUAGAAAAUUGAUGAAGAAAAAGCUGAAUAAAUGGGAAGUUUUCGAUCGUAUAGGCUUGUUGCUUCGCAAUGCUAGAGCUGUUGUAAUAUGUAGCCAUUAUUCGACGUUUGAAAUUAGAAGUCUAAAACAUAGACAUAGAAUAGAAUGUUGGGGAAAUGACCUGAUUGACAUUAGAUUACCAUGGUUACUGUUUUUUUUUUCAGUAACAGUACCGAGUAACAAUUUUGACUGUUAACGUUCUAGUAAGUAAACCCGCAUAAACGCGAACCAUAACUUGACCUUACCGAUAUUAAUUAUAAACUGUUUAUAAUCACUCCUAAACUUUAACUGAAAUGGUUAUGGAACUUUACAUGAACGUUUGUGUGAUAAAGUUUUAACCUUAUGUAUUAUUGUUUUUUGAAAGCGGACCUCACAAAUAAUGGGUUGUUAAGAACCAUUACCAUUCAAAAUUCUUGUUUUCUCCAUACAUUUUCGAAAAGAGAACUAUAUUUGAACGUUUUUACUUAUGGUUUGAGAACAUUAAUGGUUAUGGUUAUGAUAGUCAGUAAGGUCCAUUAAUGGUUUUGUAUUAUCGCUCAACUUUACGUGGAAUAUAUCGUGAAUUGGUAAUCAGUAAUUUACAGGCAACCAAUUCGCGAUAUAUUCCACAUAAAGUUGA